GUUCAUAUUUUAUUUAUCAAUGUAAUUCCCACUUCCAUAAACACACAAAGGUGUAUUAGACAUUCUUUCAAACAUAUAUCCGGAAUAAAAACCAUGCGCUACCGUACUUGUUUUGCAAUUUUACAACUCUGAAGAAAAAUGAAUUUCUUGACUUUGAGAAUUCGCUUGCCACUGUUCUCAGAGGCAUUAACAUGUAAAUGUAUAGGGAAACAGUUUUCUACAUGUGGUGUUCUUGGUACUGGGGAAAAUAAAGACUAUGCAAUAAACCCAGAUUUUGUUAAUAGAAACCCAAGGAAUCUUGAGCAGAUGGCAUUGGCAAGAAAAAGACAGGGUUGGAAAUUCCAAAGUCCAACAAGAGAAUAUUACAACAAGUUGGUGUUUGAUAAAACUUCUAAACAUACCUCAGGGAAAGUGGUUCAUUGGACUGGUGACACAGUUGUGUCAGCUUCAACUAGAGAAUGGGCCAUCAGGACACAUUUAUAUAGUGUAAAAGAUGUAUCUGCGGCACAGAAUAUAGGUUCUAUUUUAGCACAGAGAUGUUUAGAAGCUGGAGUCUCCUGUGUUUUCUUAGGGGAAAAAGAAAAUUUUACAUCAGAAGCAGGCCUGUCCUUUCUGAAGGCAGUAGAAGAAGGUUGUAUCAGUCUCCAGGAACCAGAUGUCAUAGAAUCUGAGUAUAAGCCUGGAAUUGAUUAUGAGGGACCAAAAAGACUGGGAGGAGAAGAUAAAGAUACACCAAUGAAAGAUGACUAUCAGUUUUGAAUUGACCAAUGAAAAAGAAGAAAUGUUAUAAAUUAACUAAUGAAAGAUGACUAUCAGUUUUGAGUUGACCAAUGAACAAGAAGAAAAGUUUUGAAUAAACUUAUGAAAGAGAAAUAUUUUUUUGGCAUUAACAAAUGAAAAAGAGCUAGAGCUAUGAGUUUGAAUUAAACAAUGAAAAAGGACAA